AUGGUGCAAUGCGACGUGUGUUCUAAAUGGCAUCACUUCCAGUGUGUAGGAGUCACGCAGCAGAUAGAGAAUUUUCCCUGGAGUUGUGCCAAAUGCGAAUCUGCGAAAGGUGUCCAGGAAACCAGUUCUACUGCGGCUUUUCUUCAGCAACGAGGUGGUCCAUCGUCCAAAUCGAACCAGCAGCAUCCACAGCAACGACAUCAGCCGCAGCGACCUGAGAUAACAGCUAGUCAACUAGGUUUAUCGCUUGCCGCCAACGAGUCAAACCAACCCAAGGGAGCAGAUCAAACACCGUUCGUCACUUCGCUGCAGUGGAUUGUGUCUCCGUCUCGAAACGGAACCAAGGCCUCAUCGGUGUCUUCAAGUCGAUCUUCACAAGCUCUCGCUAAGCUAAAGCUUCAAAUGCUGGAGGACAUGCGGAACGUCGAGCGGUGUGAAGCAGAGCGACAACGAGCAAUCGCAGCGGAGGAAGCUAAAAAGGAAAGGGCAUUCCUGGAGCAGAAAUAUCAACUGUUGGAGCAAGCUAUGAGUGAAAAUGGCUCGUCUAAGAAUGGAUCAAUGAGCAGAACGCAGAACUGGAUCGCAUCUACGAACGCGGCCCGCGGUGUGCCCAUCGCCUCCAAUGUUGAGAGCCAGAUCGAACCGACCAUGCACGCUGGUAAAAUGCAACUAUGGAACCCAGCAGUUGCACGGAUUGGUAGUACUCGCUCAUCGCUACCAGAGCCUAAUCCCCCUGAUCCAUUCCCAGCACCGGAGUCCAUGCUGAGCUACAACGUAGAUCCUCCGGCUUUGAGUGCCGGAAUGCAACAGUUAGCUCUCGGCACAACAAGUCAAGCUCCGUUACAGGAACAGUAUCAACCCAUCCCAAGGGUUGAACCUUCGCGACGGGUUUCCAUGGCACAGUUGCCUUAUUCAGGUAGAGUGGCUGCACCUACCAUCGUCCACAGCUCGGAAGUAGAUCCGUUGCAUCGGUUCUCACGUAACUCAGCGGUUCCGGAGUAUCAACGAUUUGUCCCAGUCUCGAACCGGCAUUCGGUUCAUCAGCAAAAUCAUCCUCAUUCAUCUACGUUGCAAGGCCACCAACUCUACAAUCAAGAUCAAGAGGAAGUAGCUGAACCGUAUUCGAUCUCACGCCAGCAGUUGGCCGCCCGACAAGCAAUUUCAAAGGAUCUUCCAACCUUUUCUGGAAAUCCAGAAGAGUGGCCUCUGUUCCUAUCUACCUUCAACAGCACCACCGCUCUGUGUGGAUUCACCAAAGAGGAAAAUAUCGUCCGCUUGCAGCGAAGCUUGAAGGGUCGAGCGCAUGAAGCAGUCAAAAGCCGGCUGCUACAUCCAUCGAACGUCAGCGGGGUUAUGUCGACGCUCAAAAUGUUAUUUGGGCAACCGGAGGUGAUCGUCCAUUCCAUGAUGUCUAAAAUCAACUCCCUUCCCGCAUUGAGGGAGGACAAAUUAGAAGCCAUCGUAGAUUUUGCCGUCAGCGUUGAAAACUUCUGCGCAACCGUCGACGCAUGUGGAUUGGAAGAAUACUUCUACAAUAUGACCUUCCUUCACCAACUCGUCAACAAACUUCCACCAUCGAUCAAGUUAAAUUGGGCGCAGUACCGAUUAUCGCUACCUACGGUCAAUUUACCGUCUUACAGCAGCUGGCUCUACUCUCUAGCACAGAGAUUCCCAAACUCCAAGAAGAGCAACUCCUUCGUCAAUGCUCACACCCAGGAAGUAUCAAAAGGCCAUCGCUUCGCAGCGCUAUCCAACGUGAAAACUGCAGCCGAUAGCUGCCUAGUUUGCAAAGGAAGCUGCAAAUCGAUCACCAAAUGCACACGUUUCCUGGAGUUCUCUCGCGAUUCUCGCUGGGCGACGGUUCGAGAUCUAGGGCUCUGUCGCCGGUGUCUACGCCAACAUAAGGGUGGAUGUCAAGCCAAAUUGUGUGGGAAGAAUGGCUGCGAGUUGAAGCAUCACGAAUUGCUGCAUAAUGACCAGAAGAACACAUCGCUGCCGUUGAAUACUUUAUCGACCGACACAAGCAAAUUAUCGCCGAUCCAGCGUCAAGAACCUAUACCAGCUCCGAACUUGGGCGAGCACGGAUGCCAUGCCCAUCGGAUUACCACUAGUCAGGUGUUGUUCCGCUACCUACCCGUAGUGCUGCACGGUAAACACCGAUCAAUUGAAACAUUCGCCUUCCUGGACAACGGGUCCGAGCUCACCUUGCUCGACAAGGAACUGGCGGAUGAGCUGCAACUUGAGGGAGAUGCGGCCCCGCUAUGCUUGCUUUGGACUGGAGGAGCGAAGCGUCGAGAGGACGACUCAAAGAAUGUCAAGCUUGAGAUAGGUUCAAAACACGACUCCAAGAUGUACACCAUGCAAGGGGUACGCACAGUUGCUGAAUUACUCCUUCCGACACAGUCUCUCAAUGUCGAAGAGUUGUCUGAGCUAUAUCAACAUCUCAAAGGUCUUCCGAUCACCUCCUACCAAGAUGUCCGGCCAAGAAUUCUCAUCGGAAUGAAGGAUCAGCACCUCAGCCUUGUUAAAAAGAGCCGCGAGGGUGCGCUGCACGAGCCGAUCGCUGUUAAAACCCGGUUAGGUUGGACAAUUUGUGGUGGAGGGAGUCACAACAACGCCACCAAUUUAGUACACUCUGUGUUUCACAUCUGUGCCUGCAGCCCGUCUUCGGACGAGGACCUACAUAAAAUGAUGAAGGAAUACUUCGCAGUAGACAGCCUGGGAGUUGUUCAGCCGAAGAAACGUCUCGUCUCAGCAGAAGAAGAGCGAGCGCAGAAUCUGCUCGAAGGCCGCACAGUGCUGAAGGGAAAACGCUACGAAACUGGCUUGUUGUGGCGCUACGACAAUGUUCGGCUGCCGGACAGUUUUCCGAUGGCCCUCCGACGACUGCAGUGCCUCAAGAAAAGAAUGGAUAAAGACUUCCAACUAGCGGACGCCCUCAACAAGAAGAUAAUUGAUUUCGUAAAAAAGGGCUAUGCGAGGAAGGUCACCGAUGAAGAACGUUCCAAAAACUUCCCCCGGACGUGGUAUCUACCUAUAUUUCCGGUAACGAACGCCAAUAAGCCAGGCAAGAUCCGUAUGGUGUGGGAUGCCGCUGCAGUAGCCCACGGAAUAUCCCUUAAUUCCGCGCUACUCAAAGGACCGGAUCAACUCAGCGAGCUGUUUACCAUACUGGUACAAUUCCGUGAAGGCCGGGUCGCUCUAACUGGAGAUGUGCGCGAAAUGUUCCUGCAAGUGCUCAUGCGUCCGGAAGACCAGCAGUGCCAGAGGUUCCUCUGGUAUGAUGAAGAUGGGACCCUCUCUAUAUACGUUCUCCAGGUGAUGACAUUCGGGGCCUGUUGCUCCCCUAGCAGCGCCCAGUUCGUGAAAAACCUAAACGCCGAGCGCUUCAAGGGGGAUUAUCCAGCGGCGGUUGAAGUGAUCCAGAAACGGCACUACGUUGACGACAUGCUGGUGAGUGUGGCAACAGAGAAAGAAGCUGUCGAACUCGCAUUGCAAGUGAAGGAGGUACACGCAGCUGGUGGCUUUGAAAUCCGUAAUUGGAUCAGCAACUCCAAGCGCGUCGCUGAGGCCUUAGAGGAGAACAACACCGAAGAAAAGAACCUCGACCUUUCACCGGAACUAGCAACGGAGAAGGUUCUCGGUAUGUGGUGGUGCACCAACGCAGACACCUUUACCUACAAGGUUGGAUGGGAUCGAUAUGGCCGAGCGCUACUGGAGGGCCAACGCCGUCCAACAAAACGACAAAUGCUGCGUGUACUCAUGUCCGUAUUUGAUCCGCUUGGGCUUAUAGCCCAAUUUUUAAUGCACCUGAAAAUUCUGCUACAAGAAGUCUGGCGUUCGGGCAUCGGCUGGGAUGAUCAAGUCGAUGAAACCAUUUUCGAAAGAUGGCAAACCUGGCUCAACGUUCUACCAUCAAUCGAAAAGAUAAGCAUACCACGGUGCUACGCCGCCAGAAAUAGUAUUCACCACGGGGAUGUACAGCUCCACACGUUUGUGGAUGCUAGUGAAAACGGUAUAGCGGCCGCAUGCUACCUUCGGUUCAACCAUGUGGACGUCGUGGAAUGCAAUAUAGUUGCCGCAAAAACCAGAGUCGCGCCGUUGAAAUAUCUCUCUAUUCCCCGACUGGAGCUUCAAGCAGCAUUGAUUGGAUCUCGCCUGGCUCGAACACUUUGCGAAGCCCUCACGAUCCCCAUUACCCGCCGAUUCUUCUGGUCUGACUCCCAAGAUGUCCUGUGCUGGAUCAGAUCAGACCACCGCCGUUACUCACCAUUUGUAGCGUUUCGGGUUAGCGAAAUUCUAGAGCAGACGGAGAUGACUGAAUGGAGGUACGUUCCCACCGAUUUGAACGUUGCGGAUGAUGGCACAAAAUGGAAAGGACUUCCAAAUCUGGAACCUCAAGCUAGAUGGUUCAACGGCCCACAAUUUCUCUAUCUCGCAGAAAAUCAUUGGCCACUCUCGUCAAGAAACUUGAACACCACCGACCUUGAACUCCGCCCCAGCGCAAUGCCACACUUCGCCGCACCUGAUUCCAUCGUACGAGUAAACAACUUCUCCAACUGGAGUCGAUUAGUUCGAGUAAUUGCGUUAGUCCAGCGUUUUUUCAACAAUUGCAAGUUGAAGCGUUUGAAGAAGCCCAUUAUUAGCUGCCCUCUUGCCAGCUCAGAAAUGAGUUCCGCUGAAGCCUAUUUACUACGACAGGCGCAGCUGGAAACUUAUCCCGACGAAGUCACUCUUCUUCAACGAUCGCAGCAUGAGCCAACGCUACUCAAAACACCGUUGCCUAAAACAAGCCCUCUGCAUCAAAAAUCACCUUGGCUGGACCAUAAUGGAGUUUUACGAAUGCGAGGCCGCAUCACCAACUGCGACUACGCAACCGAAGACGCCAAACAUCCAAUCAUCCUUCCACGUGACCACCCUACCACCAAGUUGAUUAUUGCACAUUUUCACCAAAAAUUCCACCACCUGAACCAUGAGACCCCUUCACCAACGUCCGAAAUAACUGCCAACGCUGCAAGAGUCGUUCCAAGAGUGCCGAUUAUGGCGGACCUACCGACAGCUAGACUCAGUGCUUUCGCACGCCCCUUCACCCAUGUCGGAGUUGAUUUUUUCGGACCAUACGAGAUUGUCAUUGGUCGCCGAGCAGAAAAGCGUUGGGGUAUGCUGGCCACCUGCCUCACGACCCGCGCAAUCCACAUUGAAGUCGCUCAUUCACUCAACACCGAUUCAUGUGUGAUGGCGCUACGAAACUUCAUAUCACGACGAGGAAAACCGAGAACCAUCCACAGUGAUCGAGGGACGAAUUUCAUCGGUGCGAACCGAGAAAUGAAAGAAGCAAAUGUCGCCGUCCAGCAAACCGAGAUAAUGAGAGAGUUUAUUGAUGCAGAUACAAGCUGGCAGUUUCUUCCUCCUGCUUCACCUCAUAUGGGUGGUAGUUGGGAACGCUUAAUCGGCAGCGUCAAGAAAAAUUUAAUGGCGAUCCUACCAAUGAGAAAAUUGACAGACGAAGUCUUGCGCAACCUACUCACAGAAGUAGAAAACACUAUCAAUUCCCGACCGUUGACCCACGUUCCGGUAGACGAUGAUUCGGCCCCUGCUCUAACACCCAACCAUUUCUUGCUUGGCUCGUCGAACGGAGUAAAACCACUCUGCACCAUAGAUGACCAUGGUUCCGCACUACGGCAGUGUUGGCGGCUGUCCCAAGUUCAGGCCAAUCUAUUCUGGAAGCGGUGGAUUAACGAUUACCUACCUGAAAUAACCCGCCGCACCAAGUGGUUCACCGACACGAAACCAAUAGAAGAGAAUGAUGUGGUGGUGAUUGUGGACCCAAAACUGCCUCGGAACUGUUGGCCGAAAGGCAGAAUCAUCUGUACCCGACCUGGACGAGAUGGACAACCAAGAUCCGCAACAGUGAGAACAACAACAGGUAUCUACGAACGUCCGGUAGCUAAGUUGGCUGUGCUUGACGUGAGGAGCGAAGCGGAGUAA